CAAAACAUAACAUAUAAAAGGUAAUAUAUUAAUACAAAGUAAACAAUUAAAGGAUGAAAAGAUGGCUUGGUGUAGCACCGAUGAAAGGGUAAGUACGUAAAAAGGUAAAUGUAUUUACAUUGAGUUUACUGCUGUUCCAUUGAGAUAAAGUUACUGAGUAAACAAUGAGAAGAUUGUAAUGAAAAUCUUACUUUACGAGCAUUAUACAAUAUAAAUGGUUGGAAACCCUUUCUAUCACUUUGACUCCCGUUUUAUGCUGAUGCAUUAACCAAAAGGACAAGCCAUUGCUUUCAACUUUGGAUAGGAUCAGGAGUGGACAGCAAAGAUGGGAAUUUUAUCAUCUAAUCAGCGUAAAAUUUGGACAGAUUUAAGUUAUGUUCUAUCAAAUAUGGCCACCAAUUUAAAAGACAGUAAACUAAGUGUGGUCAUCUUAAUCUAUUGCAGUUUUCUCGUUGAUAAUAUCUUACUAACCAUGGUCGUUCCAAUUAUUCCUGAUUACCUGGAAAGGAUAAAUGCUAAAUCUUAUAAAAUUGCUUUUAAUAACUUGACUGGUGAAUUAAAUGGGACCCUGACACAAUCAAGCAAAGAACCAUCAACAUCAACCUCUUCCUCUUUACCUUCUGCUUCCACAGCAACCUCUACAACUCCAACGACUACCUCAACCUCCUUAUCUACAUUAUCACCAUCACCAUCGUCAUCGUUACCUUUAUUUUUACCAACUUCAACAUCAUUAUUAUCACCAUCAUCUUUGAAUGGUAACAUAUUUAUUCAGUGGAAUCAAUCAAAAGAAUCCCUAGGGAGUUUUGGUGGGAAGAUUAGUUAUCGAAAGUUGCUUGAAGGAAAAGUUGUUAACCGAAGAAAAAAAGAUUAUGAGAAAGAGCAAGAUGAUGGUGAAAAGGAAAUAGGAAAUGAAGAUGAAGAUGAUCAUGAUGAUGAUGGUAAUGAUGAUAGGAAAGAGAAAAAAGUGAAAGAAGAAAAUGAAGAUGGAAAAUCGUACCGAUUAAUAGUAAAAGCAAAUAAGUCUCUUAAUACCUUAAUGGAAGGUCAAACUGAUUGGACUGGGAGUAAAAAGGUAAUGAAUCCCCAUGAGAAUGAGCCAAUUGAUUGGAAGUCUAUACCUGUUAGACGAUCAAGGAUUGUCGAGUUGAUGUUAAAAGACAAAUUUGGUGAUGCAGGAAAUCCUAAAGAAAAAGAUUCUCACAUUGGUUAUGGAACUCACAAUUCUCAUCGUCACUAUCAUCCUCAUUAUUAUCAUCAUCAUUUCCAUAAUCAUCAACUUUCCAAUGCACCAAAAACAAACAUCCAAGGAGAAGAUAAAAUGGAUGAUAAUCAGGAAGAGAGAUUAGUUGGAACGCUUUUUGCAUCUAAAGCUGUUUUCCAGCUUCUUUUCAAUCCCGUUUCCAUGAAACUCAUACAAAGUUAUGGACACAAUUGUACACAAACUAUAGCUUUAAUGGUCCUACUUUGUUCCUCAUUGACUUAUGCCUUUUCACAAGGAAUUAAAACCAUGUUUCUGGCAAGAUGCAUCCAUGGAGUUGGAUCAUCAAUCAUAUCAAUUUCAGGUAUGGCUACAAUUGCUAAUUUAUUUCAAGAUGAAAAAGCUCGAUGUCAAAUUAUGGGAAUAUCUCUUGGAGGAAUCGCUGCUGGAGUUUUGGUUGGUUAUCCUUUUGGUGGUUUUGCUUAUGACUUUUGCGGAAAGCAAUUACCUUUUCUUUUAAUUGCAUUUCUCUUCACCUUGAUUAUCGGAUUUCAACUAACAUUUAUGCCAAAUGAAAAGGAAUCUCAUUUGAAAAUUGAAAGCUUCCAUUUUGUUGGAAUGGUCAAGGAUCUUGAUAUUAUGCUGGCCAUUGGUUCAAUAUUUUUUACGACCAGCAUAACUGCAGUUUGUGAACCCAUUUUACCAAUUUAUUUGAUAGACUCUCUUAAUGCUCCAGAAUGGCAAUUAGGAAUUGCUUUCCUACCUGAUGCCUUUGGAUACAUUAUUGGAGCUCAUAUUCUUGGGUUUGAUAAGCAUUCAGUUGAUAAGUGGGUUAUAACAAUUAUAAGCCUCUUUUUGGCAGGAUUUGCUACAAUUUUGAUCCCAUUAACAACCCAUUUUUAUCAACUCAUAAUACCUCAAUUUGCAUCAGGAUUAUCUAUUGGUAUUACAGAUGCUGCCAUGUCCACUCAACUAGCAUCAAUAGUUGAUGAAAGAUACUCGGCCAAUUACUCAAUGAUUUACACCUUUUCUCAAAUAGCGGUUUGCCUUGCUUACAUUAUUGGUCCAAUCGUUUCAAGCAUCGUUUUACCUUCCAUUGGUACAACUGGAUCAUUUCAUGUACUUGGAACCACUGUUAUCCUCUAUGGAAUCGUUUGCAUCUCCUAUCGAGUCUAUUUGGCAGAAAUAUUUGGCCGGAAUUUAUCGGAAGUAAUUCCAAUUUUAUCCUGGAAUUCCUAUGAAACGAUUGAAAAUCCAUGAAACAAAUUGAUCUCCAAAAAGUACACAACCUUACAACUUCAACUUACAAAUCCAAUGUUCGCUUGAAUAAUACUCGAUUUGCCAAGUGUUUUGAAAUAUACUUCAUGACUGGACUUGAGACAAAUUGACAAAAUGUUUCAUUGAAACUCGUUUCAACAAUUGAUGGAACUUGAAAAUGUAAAAAUUACUCCAAACUUGACUGCAUAAAAUUUGUAUACUUGAAUGCAUUUCCAAUCCCAAAGCAAUUGUUAAAAACCAAUUGAAAUAACCAACAAAUCAUUAAAGUCAAUGUAACACAUUCAAUUUAAUAAAACCUUAU